AUGAUUGGGUUGAGAAGUUUCUUCUAUUGCCACACUCUCAGCAAACCUUAUCCCAGGCUUGUGGAGACAAAUGGAUCAAUGAUACUAGACGGAUCUUUGAGGCUCCUGGAUGUGUGUGGCAUCAUUAAGGAUGCCCUUUUGCAAACAAAGGAGUGCACACAUGAACUUCAAUCGAUUAUGCACAGAAGACGAGGAGGUGACAUGAGCUUCAUGAGUGAGGUUAGAAAAUACCUUGCCUCUAGGAAGGAUGUCAACAAGGCAAUGAACAAGGCCUUCAAGGUCAAGAAAAGUUAG